AUGGCGCAAGAUUCACCCGUUGUAGCAUCUUACAGAUCUGGCACAAGCUGGCGCCACCCCCAUCCUGAAUUAUCACGACUAGACGCAUUUCGAAGACACGUCAAUCGAGCAUACAAACUCGACCUAAGGACCUAUGCGCAGCUGCACAAAUGGUCUGUGGAUAAUGUCCACGACUUUUGCAAGGAGGUUUGGAUGUAUUGCGGAGUCGUUUAUAGUCAACCACCGGAAAGAGUCGCAAAUGGCAUCGACGUCAUGUGGCCUCGUCCAGAAUGGUUCCCAGGCGCUCGGAUGAAUUACACAGAAAACCUUCUGUCACCAGGACUAGCCCAGCAUCCAGAUGCAAUUGCUAUAUCAGCUUGCCUGGAAGGAGGGGUUAAAUGGCGUCACUUGAGCUGGGUACAACUCCGCAAUCGAGUUGCGCAGUACGCCAGCGCUCUCCAGGCUCUUAAUGUGACGACCGGCGACCGCGUUGCAGCCGUCUUGACCAACUCAAUUGAAGCAGUAGUUCUUCUCCUUGCGGCUGGGGCGAUUGGUGCUAUUUUUUCCUCCACUGCUCCCGACAUGGGAGCGGAUGGUAUCAUCAACCGAUAUGCCCAAGUCAGACCCAAGGUUCUUUUCGUCGACACCGAGGUCGUCUAUACGGGCAGACGCCGUGUAAUGGAGGACAAGAUGAAGGCCGCGGCAACUAGACUGAAGCAAGAGGUCCCAGAGCUUAGUAAAGUUGUCGUGGUCAGUGGCCCUUCUUGGACCGAUGGCUUGUGUUACCUUUUGAUCAUCCGAUAUACAUUCUCUACUCGCAUCUGCCACUCGGCGGGAGGAGCCCUCCUGCAGCAAAAGAAGGAGUAUAUCCUCUGUGGCAACAUUACCUCCGAGUCUGUCUUUUACCAGUACACUACUACUGGCUGGAUGAUGUGGAAUUAUCUGGUCGGAGCGCUUAGCGUUGGUGCCAGGAUCGUUCUUUACGACGGGAGCCCGCUGUACCCAAGCCCAGCUCAUCAGAUUCACCUGAUUGAGCAGCAAGGGGUGACUCACUGGGGCACGAGUCCCAAGCUACUCACAGCAUUGAAACAGUCAGCUUACAAGCAAGUCUUCCCCCUGGACAGUCUCCAGAUUGUCAUGUCUGCUGGAUCUCCCCUAUCGCCUGAGAUCUUCAGGUGGUUCUACGAUACCUUCCCGAACUCUGUCGGCCUCUUUAGCGGAUCUGGUGGUACAGACCUUGUCGGUAGUAUUUUGGGCGGUACAAUGAUCUCCACUGCCCAUGAAGGAGAGCUCGCUGUUCCCCAACUAGGUAUGAGAGUCGAGAUCUGGGACCAGGAUGGUAAAAGUAUUGAGAAUACUGGCGACGCUGGAGAGCUCAUAAUCUCGACACCCUUUUUUAGCAUGCCAACAACAUUCUGGGGCGAGAAUGGCGACUCGAAGUAUUUCAAGGCCUACUUCGAACAGUUUCCCGGCGUAUGGUGCCAUGGAGACUUUGUGAAAAAGAAUCCAGAGACUGGGGGUUAUGUCAUUCUGGGACGCAGCGACGGAGUUCUCAACCCUGGAGGUGUUCGCUUCGGAACUUCAGAGCUCUACAAUGCAGUGGACAAGUUCACCGACGUCGAAGAUUGUAUCGCGGUGGGACGGCGUCUCCCUGGAGAAGCCGACGAACAGGUGGUCAUGUUCCUGAAAAUGAAGGCUCCCACCUUCAAGGAAACCGUGGAGAAGAUUCGUGAUGCCAUAAGACAGGAUUUGAGUCCCCGUCAUGUUCCUGCGUUGAUCCUCGAAGCUCAGGAUAUCCCAUACACGCUCAACGGCAAGAAGAUGGAAACACUUGUCAGGGAUAUUCUUUGCAAGCGCAAGAUUGCGAAUCUCGGCUCCGUUGGGAAUCCAGAAUGCCUGGUUGAGUAUGAGAGGUUUGCCAAUAUGCCGCUUGAGCCUACGUCUUCAAGACUGUGA